CUUCCCAACCUGAUGUAACUUUCCAAUGUGAGCACAAGGUCUAAAUGCUAAAGCUCAACUCCAAACAGCAAGUAUGGCUGCAAAGGUUUUAAACACCAUUGGUAAACUGGGUAUCGGACUGGCUAUCACUGGAGGAAUCGUGAGCAAUGCUUUAUACAAUGUGGAAGGUGGACACAGAGCUGUAAUAUUUGACCGUUUCAGUGGUGUUAGUCCUAAUGUAUCUGGAGAAGGAACACAUUUUCUAAUUCCGUGGGUACAAAGGCCUAUUAUUUUUGAUGUCAGAAGUAGGCCAAGAAAUGUUCCUGUUAUAACUGGUAGCAAAGAUUUACAAAAUGUUAACAUCACAUUGAGGAUACUAUUCAGACCGCUUGCUAGUGAGUUACCAAAGAUUUAUAUGAGCCUUGGUGAAGAUUACGAUGAAAGAGUUCUGCCAUCAAUCACAACUGAAGUUUUAAAGGCUGUUGUGGCACAAUAUGAUGCAAGUGAAUUGAUCACACAGAGAGAUAUGGUAUCUCAUAGUGUUCAAGAAGCACUGGUAUCCAGAGCAUCGUCAUUCGGUUUAAUUUUAGAUGACAUUUCAUUAACGCAUCUUACGUUUGGCAAAGAAUUCACGGAGGCUGUUGAGUUGAAACAAGUUGCUCAACAAGAAGCAGAGCGUGCCAGGUUUUUAGUCGAGCGUGCCGAACAACAAAAACAAGCUGCCAUCAUUACAGCAGAAGGUGACGCAAAGGGUGCAGAUCUUCUUUCUCGUGCGUUUAAAAAAGCUGGAGAUGGACUAAUAGAAUUGAGAAAGCUUGAAGCUGGAGAAGAAAUUGCACAAAAUUUAGCUGGGUCUAGAAAUGUGGCUUACCUGCCAGACGGGCAAGGAGUAUUAAUGAAUUUACCGGCACCCUAAAGUAGUGAAUGAUACAUUUGCAAAAUAGCAAUAUUUUAAAAAAAGGUGUUUCUGAAACAUACGCACCUACGUGUACAGCAUUUUAUCUUGUGUACUUGCUUUGGAAUAUUUUUUUGAAAUUAUGUCAAAUAUUUUAGUUACCUUUGAUAAA